AUGAAAGCAGCCUUAACGGCGAGGUCAGCCCUGAGCGAAAUAUGCGGUAUUCUAAAGGAGGAUUUUGAAGCUAUGGAACAAAAAGAAAGACAAGAAUUUGGAAAAUAUGUUAUAAAAAAAUGGAAUUCGACUAGAGAUGCCUGGAUACGAACAUUGAGUGAGAAAAAGAAAUUGAAGAAAUCUGGAGCUGCUGCCUCAAAUACCAAGCCUUACAAAUAUCACAAUCAAAUGUUAUUUUUGAAAAAAGUUGUCACCCCAGGUGAUACACACGAGAACGUCCCUGCUAAUGACAACAUCACGGAAACAGUAGAAAGUAAUAAAGACAACGAAGAUGAACCUGAUCAGAUUACGGAACAAAGUGGUAGUGACAGACAAAAGGAAAGACAAAAUUUAGCCCCGCCGCAACGCAAGGCAAUCAAAAGAAAUGUGAAUGAAGUAGACGCCAAAAUGAUUGAAUACAUGAAUGAUCAGUUAAAAAAAAGUAAAAAUGAGUUUGAAGAUCCCAAUUUAUCGUUCUUCAAAGGUAUUUUGCCGCAACUGGCUUCACUUAAUGGCGAUCAAAUUUUAGAAUUUCAGUCUGGAGUGAUAAACCUUUUACAAAAUAUUAAAAGUAGAAGAUAUGGUCAGUCAAACUACGAGUGGCCUCCAUAUUCACAAAGUUCUAGCACUCCUCACUACCACACCCAAGGUUAUUUUAGUAGGCCACAUCAUCUUGACUCUACACCAUCAGUAGAAGGUUCGCCAUCAGUAGAAUCUACAUUCAGCCAGGAGUCAGACUUGCCAGAUCUGUCUAUGUUUUGAAAUAAAUCUUCAUUUUUGUAAACCUUUUUGUCAUUUUAAAUUUUAAUUGAUAAUAACAAAAAUUAAAGUUCUUACCUUAAAAAUA